AUGGCUCGAGGCGAGAAGAAACAAUGGCGCGCCUGCCUCGGCUGCAACUUUGUCCAAUCCGCUAGAGACUUUGUCCAGUAUGGAUGCCCAAAUUGUGGAGAUCGACUGGAUAUGCAACAAGAUGGACGUAGAGUUGCCCAAUGCACCACGGCUGUCUUUGACGGGAUGAUUGCCAUGACCAAGCCAGAUGAGAGCUGGGUCGCGAAAUGGCAGCGAAUCGAGAAACGCUCGCCGGGAAUGUACGCCGUCAAGGUCACUGGAAGACUCAUCGAGGAGGAUAGGGAGCGUCUUGGCAUUCGUGAAGUCGCUUGA